UUCAACCGGAACUCGUGGUCUAUCGUCAAAGGCAAACUCAGUUAAUAUGAAGAAGAUUACGUUAGAGAAAGUCAUUGCAUUUCUGAAAGUGGAUUUAUUAUUUGCCUGUUGUUGGCCAGUAUCGCGAGACGCAACCAAAUUUCAAAUCGUUUGUGAUAGAAUAUUUCGUGUAAUCUCAAGCUUGCACGCAAUAUUGUUGAUGAUCGAGCUAAUAUAUACGAUUAUUUAUCGGACUGAAAGUAUUCAAAUGCUUAUGCAAUCAACCUGCGCAGUGGGCAUAUUAUCUGAAGUUCCGCUGCAAAUAUUGUUGUUUACUCUGCAACAUGACCGUUUGCAAUAUCCAUUUCCAAUUGAUCGGCAACUAUUGCGAGCAAUCGUGUAUUGCCAUCAUAUGUUUGGAAUAUAUCAAAUUUAUUGUCAAGUGAGCUCUAAUGUUUUUCUUGCCUUUUUACUGUGGUUCACAUCAGCACGAUUUGAAAUAUCCAACAAGUUUCGUACAACUACGAAAUAUUCCGACUGGAAAAGAUGUAUUAGUGAGCAUCAAGAACUCUUAAGGUUUGCGCAAGAAAUAAGUUUAUCAAUUUCGUACAUAAUAUUAUUGUCUCUUGGUAUUAGCACUUAUUCGUUGGUAUUUGGCGGUGUUAGCAUUCUCAGCCGGAUACCGUUAUCUGUGAAAGCAAAGUUCUUUAUCGUAUGUGUUUCAUCAUUGCUGAAGGUACUUUUAUGCGCUUGGCCGGCUGAUUAUUUAAUGACCAUAAGUUCCGAUAUCGGGGAUGCUGCAUAUGAUUCAUUAUGGUAUAAACAUGGAAUUGAUUCCCAGAAAAUGAUGUUAUACAUUUUGUUACGCUGUCAACGACCUAUAAUUAUAACAGUUCCUGGUUUACUAGCAGCUUUAACAUUUCAACAUUAUACUUCUUACAUCUCAACAGCAUUCUCUUUUCUGACAACAUUUCGAAUAAUUCUUUCUGAUAAUACAGGAUAA